UUAAUCAAGUUUUGUGUAAGAAAGGUUGUAAAAUGGUUCAAAUUCGUCCAUUAAAUCCAGAACUUCAACAGAAGGCAAUAGAUGAGUUGUUUGAGGAUCCAAGUCGAAUUGAGAAGGAUCUUGAAACUUUUAGGGAAUGGAUAAAGAAAUCUCCUCACAUUAAAGGUCGUACAGAUGAUCAAUUUUUGAUUGCGUUCUUACGUGGCUGUAAAUACAGCAUUGAACGAGCGAAACAAAAAUAUGAUAUGUUUUACACGCUUAAAACGCAUAUCCCAGAAUUAUGUAGAAAUCGUGAUCCAAUGAACGAAAGAGUGCUGGGAGCAAUCAGACAAGGAGUUGGACUUUUUCUACCAAACACUGAACCCAAUGGACCACGAUACUUCAUCGUUAGACCAGGCGCAUAUGAUCCAUCAGAAUAUUCAAUCCAGGAAAUUAUGAAAAUAUCAACAAUGCAAAUGGAAGCGUUGAUGCUUGAGGAUGAUAAUUAUGUUGUUUCCGGACAGGUUGGAAUUCUUGAUUUUUCUGGCGUCACAAUUCAGCAUUUUAUUCAAUUCAAUCCGACUUUCAUCAAAAAAACAACUUCAAUCCAACAAGAUAGCAUGCCCAUCAGAGAGAAAGGCUCUCAUUUCGUCAAAAUGCCUCAAUUUGCACUAACUGUGUUUAAUCUUUUCAAAUCAUUUUUGAAUGAAAAAAAUAAAUCACGCAUGCAAGUUCAUGGUGAUGAUAUGGAUGAACUCUACAAGGCCAUUCCAAGGCGAUUGCUUCCUGAAGAAUACGGAGGUGAAGCAGGUUCCUUAAAAUCCCUAAUAGAAGCCAACGAAAAAUUGCUUAUGUCUUAUCGAGAUUACUUCAUCGAGGAUGAACAAUACGGAGUUGAUGAGAAGAAACGAGUUGGAAAGCCUAAAAAUCCUGAAAGUUUAUUCGGUGUUGAUGGAACAUUCAGAAAACUUGAUAUUGACUAAAGCUUUUUCAGUAUUUCAAUGUUUCUUUAAUCAUUUUGUUGCUGAUAAGAUAUAAAUAAAGAUUUUUAAAGCCCUUCUGCAAAAGUGUUGG